CACCUUCUUCCGAAGUUUUAUUUCACUUCUCUUUCUCUCUCCAUCUACACUUAUCCACGUUUCUUACUCUGCUUCUAUUCUCUCUUCAUCCCUUUAUAGACCUCUCCUUAUAUCCAUCUCUCUCAACCACACCACCCCACCCAGUAGACGAAAAGGUAGAAAAAAACCAAAGAAAGUAGAGAAGACGCCAAAGUUGAGGCUUCAUUGACGGAAUAUUUUCAUGGAAGUUUGCCGGAAAAUGGCGAACAUGCUCGGCGCGGAGCGCGACGAGUAUAGCCUGAAUUUUGAAGAGACUGAGCUCCGUCUCGGGCUGCCUGGUGGCGGAGGCGGAAGUGAAGGCGAGUCGACUCCCUCCCCGACUAAGAAUGGUGGCAAGAGAGGCUUCUGUGAGACUGUUGAUCUCAAGCUUAACCUUCCCUCUAAGGAGUCGGUUAUGGACCCAUCCGAGAAGAAGAAUUCACCCAAGGAGAAGAACCUUCUUCCAUGCACUAACGACCUAGCUAAGCCCCCGGCCAAGGCACAGGUGGUGGGUUGGCCACCAGUCCGAUCGUUCCGUAAGAACAUACUUUCUGUCCAGAAAAGCAGCACAGAGGAAGGUGAGAAGGUUAGCAGCAGCGCAGCGUUUGUUAAGGUUAGCAUGGACGGCGCACCUUACCUACGUAAGGUGGACUUGAAGAUGUACAAGAGCUACCAGGAGCUCUCUGAUGCUCUAGGAAAGAUGUUCAGCUCCUUCACCAUUGGUAACUGCGGGCCCCAGGGAAUGAAGGAUUUCAUGAAUGAGAGCAAGUUGAUGGAUCUGCUGAACGGCUCAGAGUACGUGCCCACGUAUGAAGACAAAGAUGGUGAUUGGAUGCUUGUUGGCGAUGUCCCUUGGGAGAUGUUUGUGGAUUCAUGCAAGCGUUUGCGAAUAAUGAAAGGAUCUGAGGCAAUUGGACUUGCGCCAAGAGCUGUGGAGAAAUGCAAGAAGAGAAGCUGAAGAGCCCCACACCAGAGCCUACUGAUCUGAUCUCCCAGUUUCUACGAGGAACAAUCAACAGAAGAAAAUGGGUGAGAUGGGUGGAGCAGGAUGCUUUGGUGUCUGUGUAGUACUGUGGUUUGUUUUAUGAAUAUAUAGAAAGACGGGAUAUUUGUUAUGAACAUGAAGCAAUAACAUUUGAGACCUGGCUAUGUCUAGCUUGUUUGUUAUUAAUGGUGUGCUUAAUAAUCAAAACCUUAUUGUCGUUGUUGUUGCUGUUUU